AUAUGGUAGACUUUUUAUGUUGGUAACGGCAUCGUGGCAGCAGGUUGCCAGUACUCGCCGUUACCAAAAGCCGCAACAGCACCGUGAUAAUAACAAUAGAAUGCGACUAGUCAAGUAUCGGGGUAGCUCAUUUUUCGUUUUUUCGGUGUUAUGGUACACCAUUGUUGCGUUUCAAAAUGUCUGUACAAUCGAUCAUAAAUUAUUGGUAUUGAAUUAGUGCUGUCAUUUUAAUCGUUUUGAUUGCUCGUGAUUCUUGAGACCUGUCACAAUAUGGUGAACUCCAUUGAAAUACCGUUAAAGGAUUCGGACGAGGUGAUCGAAAUUCAACUUGACAAGUUGCCUGACUAUGAUGAAGUUCUUGGAAUUUUAAAAUCUGAACAUUCUAAUUUAAAUAUUUGGGUCAAUUUAGCUCUGGAAUAUUAUAAAAAAGGUAACUCAACUGCUUUGGUUAGAUUGUUAGAGUCAUCACGUAGUAAUGCCAGCUUAGAGUACAAAGAUAGCGAUAGAGAUCAAAUGAGAGCUUUAGAUAUGCUAGCAGCAUAUUAUGUUCAAACAGCUAAUAGAGAAAAGAGUAAAGACAAACGUCGUGAACUUUUUACUAAGGCUACACAACUUUAUACUACAGCAGAUAAGAUUAUUAUGUACGAUACGAACCACUUAUUGGGCAGAGCUUUUUUCUGUUUAUUGGAAGGUGAUAAAAUUGAACAAGCAGAUGCACAAUUCAAUUUUGUUUUGAACCAAUCGUCCAAUAAUAUACCAGCUCAAUUAGGAAAAGCCUGUAUUGCAUUUAACAGAAAAGACUAUAGAGGAGCUUUAGCUUACUAUAAAAAAGCAUUACGUUCUAAUCCCAAAUGUCCUGCUGAUGUUAGAUUGGGCAUGGCUCACUGCUUUCUAAAGUUAGGAAAUACAGAAAAAGCAAGAUUAGCAUUUGAACGUGCAUUACAGUUGGACCCUAAGUGUGUGGGAGCUUUGGUAGGCCUUGCAAUAAUGAAAUUGAACGGUGAAAAUCCUGGUGACAUAAAACUUGGUGUAAAUAUGUUGUCAAAAGCAUAUACCAUUGAUACAACCAAUCCAAUGGUAUUAAAUCAUUUGUCCAAUCAUUUUUUUUUUAAAAAAGAUUAUACCAAAUCUGAACUACUUGCUAGACAUGCAUUACAAAAUACAGAGAAUGAAGCUAUGAGAGCUGAAAGUUGUUAUCAAAUGGCAAGAGCUUUUCAUGUACAGAAUAAUUAUGAUCAAGCAUUUCAGUAUUAUUAUCAAGCUACGCAGUUUGCACCAGUUACAUUUGUACUUCCACAUUAUGGACUUGGUCAAAUGUAUAUUUAUGGAGGCGACAUGGAAAAUGCUGCUCAAUGCUUUGAAAAAGUUCUGAAAGCUCAACCAGGUAAUUAUGAAGCAAUGAAAAUUCUGGGAUCAUUGUAUGCCGAUUCAAAAAAUCAACAAAAACGCGAUAUUGCCAAAAGUCAUUUAAAAAAAGUUACAGAACAUUUUCCAGAAGAUGUAGAAGCUUGGAUUGAACUUGCUCAAAUAUUAGAACAAUCAGAUUUGCAAGGAUCACUGUCUGCAUAUGGUAAAGCUAUGGAUUUAUUACAUAGCAGUGAAAAUAAUUAUAUUCCACCUGAAAUUCUGAAUAAUGUUGCAGCAUUAAAUUAUAGGCUUGGGAAUUUGGAUGAAUCUCGUUUUAAGCUUGAAGAAUCUUUGAGUUUAUCAAAAAAAAUGGUUGAAGCUGACCCUCAGCAUUAUAACUCAAUAGCAGUAACAACUACUUAUAAUUUGGCCAGGAUCUUUGAAGCCCAAUGUCAAUUUCAGAGAGCUGAAACAUUGUACAAAGAUAUUCUCAAGGAGCAUCCUAAUUAUAUUGAUUGCUAUUUGCGUUUGGGCUGCAUGGCUCGAGAUCGCAACCAGAUUUAUGAGGCUUCUGAUUGGUUCAAAGAAGCUUUGCGUAUUGAUAAUGAACAUCCUGAUGCUUGGUCGUUACUUGGAAAUUUACAUUUAGCCAAAAUGGAAUGGGGUCCUGGACAAAAAAAAUUUGAACGUGUGCUUAAGAAUCCAUCAACUUUAAAUGAUUCAUAUUCAUUAAUUGCUUUGGGAAAUGUUUGGCUACAAACUUUACAUCAACCAACUAGAAAUAAGGAACAAGAAAAAAGACAUCAGGAUUUAGCUUUACAGUUUUUUACAAAAGUAUUGAAAAACGAUCCAAGAAACAUUUGGGCAGCUAAUGGAAUUGGUUGUGUCAUGGCACACAAACAUUGUAUAAAUGAAGCGAGAGAUAUAUUUGCUCAAGUAAGAGAAGCUACUGCUGAUUUUUGUGAUGUUUGGUUAAAUAUCGCUCAUAUUUACAUUGAACAAAAGCAGUACAUUAGUGCUAUUCAAAUGUAUGAAAAUUGUAUGAAGAAGUUUUUUAAACAUGACAGUGUUGAAGUUCUUCAAUACCUUGGACGUGCGUAUUUUAAAGCAGGAAAGUUAAAAGAAGCAAAGACUGUUUUUUUGAAAGCUCGAAGGGUUGCUCCUCAAGACACUGUUAUCAUUUACAAUAUUGCCUUUGUUCUACAAAAAUUAGCUGCUCAGAUAUUAAAGGAUGAAAAAUCAAAUUUAAAAAAUGUACUUCAAGCUGUAAAAGAACUGGAAUUAUCAUACAAAUAUUUCCAAUAUUUAUCGGUUCACGGUGAUCGCAUGAGGUAUGAUAUGACUUUAGCUGAUAUUGAAGCUAAACAGUGUCAAGAUUUACUAUCUCAAGCACAAUACCAUGUGGCUCGGGCACGGAAAAUGGAUAAUGAUGAACGUGAAAUGCGUCGUAAACAGGAAGAGGAACGAGAAGCAUUAAAAGUUAAACAAAUUGAAGAACAGGUUAAGGCAUUACAAAGGCAAGAAGAACAGAAGAAAGAAAUGUUGUUGAAACGUCAAGAAUAUAGAGAAAAAACCAAAAAUGCACUAGUUUUCGACCAAGUACUAGAAAAACCUAAAGGUAAAGGAAAACGCCGUGAAAAUUAUGGAUCAGAUUCUGGUGGAAGUAUUGCAUCUGAUCAAGGUGGCAAUAAGAGUCCUAGACCUUCUAAAUCAAAUAAAUCAAGAAAAAGUGGUGGUGAUAAAGAAAAGAAAAGAAAAGGUGGAUCUAAACGUAGGAGAGAUAGUAAUGCAUCGGCUGGAUCUGGUGGUAGCGAUAAAAUUACAACUAAGAAAAGCCGUUUGUCUGCAAGCAAUAAAAAAGGACCUAUGUUAUCGUCGAAGCAGAAACUUAGAGUUGUAUCUAAGGCAACUAUAUCAACUAGUGAAGAUGAUAGCAGUGAUGGUGAAGUAAAAAAACGAAUUUCUGGACAUAGUUCAAAGAAUGUCCGUCGAUCUCGAUCAAGCUCUGGAUCACGUUCUGGAUCUGGGAGUCGUAAAUCUAGAAGUCCCUCAAGAUCUCGUUCCGGUUCACAUAGAUCUAGAUCAAAAUCUCAAAGUGCUUCACAGAGUCGUUCAAGGUCCAGAUCACGUUCAGUUAGCCGAUCUCGAUCUGGUAGCCGUUCUCGUUCUGGUAGUCGUUCACGUUCAGGAAGUCAUUCUCCUUCACGUAGUCAUUCACAAUCAGAUAGCCGUUCAAGAUCACGCUCUGCAUCUGGUUCCAAAUCACGGUCACAAUCUCAUAGCAAAUCUAAGUCGGUAUCAAGAUCACCAGCUCGUUCAAAAUCUGGUAGUCGUUCUGUUUCUAAUUCACCAGCUCGUUCAGGAAGUAGGUCUGCUUCCAAUUCACCUGCAAGGUCUAAAUCUGGUAGCAUAUCUUCCAGAUCAAGAAGUGGAUCAGGUUCAAGAUCAGGCUCUGCUUCACCAGCUUAAAAAACUCAAAAUUAUGUUAGAUUACUUAUAAUUUUUGAAAAUUGAAAAAUUAAUAUUUCUCAUUCAUAAGAUUUUGUGUCACCUACUUUCAAGAUAUUUUAUUGUAUGAUUUUUUUUUUUUUUAUAUAUAACAAUUUUAUGUACAUUUAUAACU